ACAACGGGACGCUCGGGCGACUCAAGACGCGAGAGAGUGUGAAAUGAUAUGAUCCUUGGCUUUAUUUUGUAUUUCAGGUUGAUCGAGCAGGAAUUCGGACAUACGUUGAUCAACAGUAUUUGCCAGCUAGAGGCUAUAUUUUAAGGCAGAGUAAACAUGUCAGUUCCUCAUCGCACCUCCAAGCGUCCUUGGGGUACAAUAACCAAGCCAGAUGACAUGCAUAUGGGUUACCAAAAGACCACUGAAUUCGAGAUUGACCAGGUGGUUGAGAGACUCUAUGAGGUUCCUAAGGAGAGACCUGUAACUUCUAAUCGGCCAAAUAAAAACAUGACAAGGGACGAGAUUGAGGAUAUGGUAGACCGACUUAGCAGAAAUGGUGGCGAAAAGGCAUCUGACUCACAGAGAGUUGCAAAAGGAGCUUUGAAAGACAUUGGUAUUUUGAAUUCAUUUGCAUGGAAAGGCUACAAUUAUUGAGUUAUGAUGUUAUGAUUUUAAUUGAAAGGUGUUGAUGGGCAUUAUAAGAAUAUAUGUUAAUUAUUAUUCCAAUUUAUCUCUAUCCAAAUGGAUUGUUGAUUUUAUUUAGUCAUCCUUUUAUGAGAAAAUGAGAUCAGACCUUGUGCUAUCAAGCUGCCAGAAUUUCCGCCAAUAAUGUGCAAUAAUGCAAUACAGAUGAUCCCAUCACUUCUUGAGAAGUAGAAGGUUUAUUCAUCUAAAGAUUAUGCAUGAUUAAGUCUAUAAGGGUUUGAGCUCUAUGCUCAGUCCCUGUGCUCAGUUGGAAACACACAUACAAUUUAAGGUUCCCAGAGCUAAGAUUACAGGGUCUUUUACAUUCUUGUUUACUCUCUUCUUUUAUUAUGAGUAAAGACUAUAUUCAUGUUUUGUGUGUGCAAAUAUGUGCUAUGCAGAGAGUAUUAUACUUCUGAAUCUACAUUCCAAGUAUGUAAAACAAACUUCAUUUGAAUAUAAACAUUUAACAGCAUUGUUUAUCUUUUUCACUAUAUUGCAUUUAGGCUAUCAUCAUACUCUGGUAGCUUUAAGAUUCAUUUUACAUAUAUCAACUUCUAAAUAUUGUGUGUCGAUGUUGACAUUAUUUUGAUCUGCUGUGAAAAGACUGCUUUUCUUUGAAAAACAUAUAUUUGUUUUACACUCCCCCCCAAAAAAAGAAUAUUCAUUUAUUCAUAUUCAUUAUUUCCAGAAAGUAAAAUAAAUGCUUAAAAUUAUAUGUUUUGAUUAUUCUUAUAUCCAUGUACAUAACAUUGAUAUGAAUUAAUAAAUUAAAGCAGUGGCGGUUAAUUGUAACACACAAAACUGAAAACAAAAUUGUGACAGGAUCAGAAAUCAACAUUCUAUUCCUAGAAUCAUGUGAUAAUAUCCAGGUUAAUCAACCUGUUCUAGAGUAAAUUUUCUCAAUUAAAAAAAGGUAUAUAAAUCAGUUUAACUGAAUCAAUAUAUAAUCUUAUAUUUAAAUAGAACUUGGAUGUUUUAUGAUUCCCUCAUAACUCAUAUGAACAGUAUUAUAGAACAAUAUCUUUCUCGAACAAAGCUAUAUAGAUGAAUAUAAAAGGUCAUGUGAUAUGAUUUUGAAAGUGAUUGCAGCAUUAAGUGCCUAACAAUAAUAGUUUUUUUUAUUAUAAACAAAAACACUAACAGUAUUCAAGUAUUCUAUUGAUGAAUAUGAAAAGUAAAAUUUGAAUUCAUCUCUGGUAGAGUGAGCUUAUAAUUGCAAAAUAACAUGAAUAUGUCAAUUUUUAUUCAAGAAUGCAGUAUUAAAACUUGUGUGUCUACAUGUAUUUAAAACAAACUCUAAUCAGUGUAUUUAAAGCAUUUUAUAGCUGAUUUAUACAAUUCCUUUAUGACAUGUGAUGUGAAUUGAUGCAAAUUGAUGAAACAUAACUACAGCAAUAUCAAUUAAUGAAUAAAAGUAUUUGAUGUAUGAUUAUCCCUUUAUACGUCACUUUGAAAAUUAAGAAACAGUUAGAUAUUUCAUUCAGGAUCUACUGGUAUAAGAUUAUAGAUGAUCAAAUGAAUUUGGAAAAAACAAUACAUUCCCUUGAUUGAGAGAAAAUUUGCUGUAAUUAUAGUUGCUUUAAAAUGAGAAAUUUCAAUGAUUUGAAGUUUCAGUAAUUCGUUAUUGCAUGUAGCGUAUUAUAAAGACCGAUAUAAUGAAAUUGAAGUUUUUUUUUUAUUACAUGUAUUAUGUUGCAUCAUCCUUUUGUAAAAGAUGAUAUCACUUGAAUUAAUUAUCAUUUGAUUAUUAUAUAUAAAAACAAUAUGUUAUGUGUAUUCUGAUGUUUUGCAAUAGUGUGCUGCAUGUGAACAAGAUUGGUGAUGGGUAUUUUGAGAGAUAAUAAAAAUUUUCAAACUAA